AUGCGUCUCUCCAUCCUCCCCCUCCUUGCUGUCGUCGCUGGGGGUGAUGCCAAAACGCCUAGCAGGUGGUCAGGAUACAUGAAUCCCCAAACACCAAUCAACACCUCCCGCAUGGUCGACAGCUCGCCCUCCCUACUCGUUGGCUCGUACUUGAACAACACGCCCCAUCUGACCGACAUCAUCGGGACGUGCAAGAACCAGCAGGGCGGCAUAGUGGUUCGGAGUGACUGUCAGCGCAGCGUGUUGAGCAUAGGAAUGGCGAUGGGACUGUCCGUUCUGAGCUGGAAGACAACAGACUGGUGGGCCGGUGCGUUUGGGCCGAAUGGUAGUAAUCGGAAACGAGCCUUGGAUGCAGCGGAUGAUUUUUUCUCGCACCUCCCGGACAGCUUGGCUAUCAGUAACAUCAAGAUCCAGGGCACCGCUCUCCCGGCUUCGUCUACUGCUCGCUCUUUGCACCGCCGUAAAUCCGGAGCCGAGGAGUUCUGUGUCUUUUACAAUGGUUCGCUGCCCUUGACGUUCAUGGUGCACCAUCAAGUCAAAACACCCACAUCAGCUGCCACCGACGCCGUCGCUGACGCCGCCGCUGCCACGGUCGCUGACCAACACUUCAUCCCGCUGUUCGUAGCCACGGAUGGAUCUAAGAUGUUGCUCACACACGUCGCUCCCAUUUCUCAGCUCGCUCCUGCUCCUGGCGCCGGAACCUUGAAAGCGAGAAGCGGCUUCGACGAAUACAACCACGUCGGCGCUGGUGGCAUCAAACUAUUGGCUAACUCCGAUCCGGUUGCGAGCUGGGCUGACGUGAUGAACUGGCUGAAUAGCAGAACGGAAAAUGGUGGGACUACACCAUAUCAGUCUGUCUACAGCAUAGCGGCUUUCGGAAACUAUUUGGGCCAUAGCCUGGUCAAUACCGUGCACGACGGGAAGAGUGCGUGGGGUUACAACGCCCAGUUUGCUAUGGAGGGGUUCGACCACGGUUUUGCGCCAGACUGGGAGGAUGACUUCAACUGGUGCUUUGGCGCUUAUCCUACGAACUGCGAAUCUUAG